GGUAGACCCGGUCUAUAGAGCCCUGAGCUGGAGACCAUGCGCCCAAAUUUACUUUCAAAUUCAGCCGCCGCCACCUCCGCCGUCGCCGUCGUAGUCCAACCACCGCCUUCAAUUGAAGAGAUGGAAAAUUCUGGAUUCGACCUCGAAAUCCAUGGAUCGGCUUGUGGAGAUAGUGAUGAGGAAGGAGUUGCACCGCCUCGUUCUGUUGGAGAAGUGGUUGAUGGGAAUGAGGGGCAGGAUGGGGGUCAUAUUUUGGAGCUGGAGAAGAAAUUGUUGGAGCAAGUUGUGUACAGUGAGGAGGAAGCGUAUAUGCUGUACUGUGAUUACGCGACUGCCAUGGGUUUCAAUGUCCGUAGGGGGAAGCAAUACUAUUUUAUGGGAACGAAGAGGGUCAGAUCAAAAACUUACUGCUGUUCAAAGGAAGGGGUUAAGGAUGAUAAAGCAGAUACCAGUGGUGUCUGUUACAAAAAGCCGGAAACGAGAACAGGAUGCAGAGCGAUGGUAUCUUUCGUUUGUGAUGAUAGUGGCCAAUGGAAGGUUUCUAGGUUCCAAAAGGAGCAUAAUCAUGAAAUGGCCCCAGCGUAUGCAAAGCCCUCGGUGAAAUCUGGCCAAGCUAUUUUAGCUGCGAAUGUGUAUGGGAGUGGCGGUGCUCUGGAGUCACUGAGUGAACACGAAAGAAUCCGGGAGCUAUCUUUACAACUAGCCAUUGCCAGAAAUCGUGCUGAAACUUCCGAGAAGUUGGCUGCUACAUACAAGCGGCAACUGCAUAUGAUUGUUGGGCACAUUGAAGAUCACAACCAGUCCCUAUCGAAGAAGAUUCAGAAAGCUCUGAACAACGUCGAACAAGUGGAAUCCGAAAAUCGGAAGAAGUUGUAGAGUUUGUAUAUCCAUGGAUGAGAUUGGUUCCAUAUAGUAGAGCUAACUCUAAAAGGGCCAUUGUUGUAAGGAGAGAUUGUCUGAGACCUGUUGCUUAUUUGUAUAUAUAUAACAUUAAUGCAUCAUAUUUAUAGUGAAUGUAUUUGAUGGUGA